GUUGAAGGCCUUGGAACAGGUUUGUUUCGAGUUACGACUAAAUAGUUUGAUCCAUUAAUUCCAGCUCGAGCUAGUAAAGUCUAGAAUUAGAUAGAACAGAAUCCCGAAUAGUGCGUGCUACGUAAACAAACCAAUUCAAAUGCUUCAUCAUUAGUAUUUUUUGUGGUAUACGUAGUUACGUAACUUUUGAUGCUCCGAAUAUGAAUAAAUUCAAUUCAACACCACUUGUUCUCUCAUAGUUAUUAGUUACAUAUAUAACAUAUUGCACCAUUAACAAUUAAUAAUAAGUAUAAAAUAGCAUUAUACUAUUAAUAGAUUGAAGAUACAAGAUCUAUCAUCAUGGCUCAAGUUUCAGAUAAGCAAGUGAUGGUGGUCGGAGUCGACGACAGCGAAUUUAGCACAUACGCUCUUGAAUGGACUCUGGAUCAUUUGGUUACUACACUUCCCAAUCCAAUCUUCAAACUUGUUCUUGUUUUUGCCAAACCUUCUCCUUCUACUAAUGUUGGCUUCGUAGGCCCCGCGGGAGCCGCUGAGAUAUUACCUAUUGUGGAGGCCGAUUUGAAAAGAACUGCUACUAUUGUUAUUGAAAGAGCUCAAGAAAUCUGCACCAAGAGAUCGGUAAAAGACGUAGUAGUGGAAGUUGUGGAUGGAGAUGCUAGAAAUGUUCUCUGUGAUGCUGUGGACAAGCACCAUGCUUCUAUUUUGGUUGUAGGUAGUCAUGGUUACGGAGCUAUAAAAAGGGCUGUUUUAGGUAGUGUAAGUGACUAUUGUGCUCAUCAUGCUCAUUGCACUGUGAUGAUCGUGAAGAAGCCAAAACCCAAACACUGAUCUCACUGGCUGCAUCUACAAUGACCCAGAACAAUCAGAAUAAAUUUUCAGAAAUAGGAAACAUGAAUGUUCUUUAAAAUUCCAUUACGUUGUUUGUUCUAUGUCAUGUUGACUCUAUAGAAUAAGGUUCAUUUCACCUUUGAUUAUGUUAAAAAAAUGUACUAAAAUUGAACAGGGAUUCCCCCUGUCCUAGCCGGUUGAAACCCUGGUAUUUAUUUUAUUGUACACGGGCAACUUUUGUAAAUGUUACUGUUCUAUGCAUAAAUGAAAAAUCAUGUAUGUUGUGAAUCUGUCACAUUCAAUA